AUGUUUAAAUUGUACUUCUAAAAUCCAAAAUAUCAAUACUCUUUUAAAUUAUUCAAUGAAUUUAAUUUUAGAGAUUAAAUUGCUAUGAAGUUUGUUAAUUUUCAUCAAGAAAAGCUAAAGAUUGCAUUAAAUCAAACUAAUAUAGUCUCUAUAUGAUAUUUAUAUUAGAAUAUUGCAGGAUUUUAAAUUAUUAAUGUGAAAUUGCCAACUUAUGAGAAAGUGUAAAAGCUAAUUAAAAGAAUUUUUCACAUAGAGGAAUCUAAAUUAAAUAAAGAAUCAAGCAUAUAAUUUGUAUAUAUUCUUGAUCAAACUAUGGUAUAUUUCUUUUUACAAAAUUAAAUACCUAAACGACUAAUUAAGUAUCUAUUUUAAGAAACAAAGAAAUUGAUAAAUUAAUGA